UCGGUCUGCCUGGCGGAGCUGCGCGGGGAGCGGCGGCGGGGAGAGCUGUGCAGAAGUUCCCCACGAUGUCCAGUGAUAGGCAGAGGUCAGACGAUGAAAGUCCAAGUACCAGCAGUGGUAGUUCAGAUGCUGAUCAGAGGGAUCCGCCUGCACCUGAACCUGAAGAGCAAGAAGAACGAAAACCCUCUGCCACCCAGCAGAAGAAGAACACCAAACUAUCCAGCAAAACUACUGCUAAGCUAUCUACUAGUGCAAAAAGAAUCCAGAAGGAGCUAGCUGAAAUAACCCUUGAUCCUCCUCCUAACUGCAGUGCCGGUCCUAAAGGAGAUAACAUUUAUGAAUGGAGAUCUACUAUACUUGGACCUCCAGGUUCUGUAUAUGAAGGAGGCGUUUUCUUCUUGGAUAUCACAUUUUCAUCUGACUAUCCAUUCAAGCCACCAAAGGUUACUUUCCGCACCAGAAUUUAUCACUGCAACAUCAACAGUCAGGGAGUCAUCUGUCUGGAUAUCCUGAAAGACAACUGGAGCCCUGCUUUGACUAUUUCAAAGGUUCUGCUGUCUAUUUGCUCUCUUCUGACAGACUGCAACCCAGCUGACCCUCUGGUUGGAAGCAUAGCCACUCAAUACCUGACCAACAGAGCAGAACAUGACAGGAUAGCCAGACAGUGGACCAAGAGAUAUGCAACAUAAAUGACAAACUACUUGUGCAGUGUGAAGGUGCAGAAGGCAACUUUGCAGUGUGCAACAAAUCUUUAUAGCCUUUACAAUACGGACUUCUGUGUAUAUGUUAUACUGAUUCUACUCUGCUUUUAUCCUUUGGAAGACUGGGAUACUGCCCCCCAAAAAGGUAAAUGCUAUCAAGAGUAGAAGUUUGUAGCUGUAGAUUAGUUAUGUUUAAAAUGCCUACUUGCAAGUCUUGCUUCUUUGGGAUAUCAAAAUGUAUUUUGUGAUGUACUAAGGAUACUGUUCCUGAAGUCAACCAAAUAUUAUAGUGCAUUUUAGCCUAAUUCAUUAUCUGUAUGAAGUUAUUAAAGGUAGCUGUAGAUUACUAGGAAUUAUGUCAUUUGUAUUAAACCCAGAUCUAUUUCCAAUAUGUGGUACAUGCUGUUGUGAAAACUGUUUUAACUUUUACCUUUGUCAGUUUGUAAUGAAAGGAUUUCCUUUUUCCCUUUGUAGCUCAGAGAGCACCCAGUGUAUCAUCUCAAACACAAUAAACAUGUUCCCCAA